AUGAGUAAACAACACUUGAUCCUGCAACAACAAGUAGAACGGUCCGAACAGCAGCUUCUUCAAUGGACAAAAAACAUCAUGCUUGAAAGUUCGCAAUUAGUUAGUCGUGAUUACUUCUACAUGUUCUACACUUGCAGACUGCACUCGUUCACUUUGGAACGCAGGCCCAGAGAAGUCAACCAUGUUAGAUAUGGCGUCCAACAUCAGGUGUACGAGGCGACUUUGAAUGACCAUAGCUACCCUAUUGAACUUCAAUUUGCAACAGUUCUUUGGCGCUUUGCAAAUACGAAUUUUGAAUACCGUCUUGCUGAACAGUUUCUUGAUAUCAGUGCUGGAUCAUAUACACGAUUCACAAUGCGGUUCAUUACUGCCAUGUCAGACUAUUUCGAUAAGCUCGUGAACUGGGGAGUAUAUGACAGCGAAACAACAAGAAGAAAGGCGGCUGGAUUUGAGCAACCUGAAAGACGCGGUGUUCGUCUACCUGAUGUCAUUGGGGCAAUAGACGGAAAGCUUAUUUCCAUUCAAAAGCCCUCUUUACACGGAAACUUCUAUGUGGAUUGCCACAACAACUCUUCUGUGAUUGUCCUUGCUGUGCUCUUCACAACUUUUGCUUGGACAACGAGCCAAGUGCGUAGUUUUGGGGCAUAUGCAGACGGAGAUGAUGAUAAUGUCGUGGAGAUAGCAGUUGAGGAUCUUGAUCCAUUUUUGAUCGAGAUACCUGUGGAUUUGAAGAAUGCUUCUCGAACUGUGAAUCGUUCUGUGAGACAGCUCCAAAUCUGCACACGAUCUUUCACAAGAACGUGGUAG